AUUCUUUGCUAUUUUAAUAGUCCACUGAUCAUUCGUUUUGUAGGUGGACUUUCCUUCAUGCUUAUUUAUUUUCUAAAAAUAGUAUAUUUCCAUAAGAAUCACAUUGUACAGAUAGAGCACGAGAGUUUGACUUUUCUCAAUUUGAACAAGACAUUCGUUCAUUGUGUGAUUGCUUAAAAAAAUUCCUAGUAAAUGCUUUCAACUAAAAAUGCUUCUAGGAAUAAAAAGUGCAUGCAUAUUUUAAAAGGUUUAAUAUAUCUCCAUCCGUUUGUAUACUAUUCUUCUUUUGCAGAAAGGUCCUGUGCUACAGUGAUUGUGGUAAUAUCUCGAAGCAUUAGAGAAGUCACUGGAGACGUGGUUUUGGUCUGCUGGGUUUAUUUUGAGGGGUUGCUUUUAAAGAAGGAUCAGCUUUAUUUUCAGAGAGCUGCUGUCAGAUGUGUUCAUGUUUGCUGGGCCGUUCUUGCAGAUAUUUCUGGACUCUGGAAGGAUUGUGAACUAUUUAUCACGACACUGCUGAAAGCAUGAAGCUAUUUUACACUUCGCAUUGUGCCUUAGAAGAAACCUUAAGAAGAUUGUGGUGAAAAAAUACACACAUUUUCAAUAAAUAGUUGUAUUUUUAGUAAUAAUUGGAAUAAACACAGUAAUAUAGUUCACUGUACAUACAUACAUACAUGAUUGCUAAGCGACGUGUGCAAUGUGCAAGUUUAUCAAAAUUAGAUUUUUACAGCUUAUGUAGAUAAAGGGUCAGCCCAUCUCAAGUGGUGCAAUAAUUUAAAUAAGUGGUGCAUUUUUAAUUUUGCCAAUGCAUCGUCCUUCUUUCUCCCCUUAUUUUUCUCCAAAUGAAAUCUCGAUGCCUGAGAGCAUCCCGAAUCCAGCUCGUGUACAGAUGUAAAGUGUGUUGGUAAGUUUGUGUUACUGAUCUGCCGUGUUGUCCUAUUCUUCUUCUGUCUGACUUGGUUAUGUUUCCAGGGCUAAAUAAUUUAGCGCUUACCUGCCAGUCACAUGAUAGCAUGACCUCAAGUGAUGCAAAAAAGAAAUGUCGGUUAGAGAACAGGUGAAAUAUUACCUCCCUCGCACACCUUCGAAGGGAAACAUAAGAAGUGAAAUCAAACACCGGCUUUUUCCCCUCCUCACAACCGUCCUCUCUUCUUUCCUGCAUUCACUAAACACCAGGCUUCCAGUAGGGUACGAGCGUUUGCACUCCAACUCUUCGGAAGUCACGGUAAGGUUCGGUUAAGACUUGCUAAUGGGUCGCUUCCACUGAAACGAACAGAAACCUCUGUGGGAACGUCAUGGCUGUUCGUGGAACCGUUCCUCCUCCGGAUUACUACCCUUUUGAUAUCGCUCUAUCGGCGCAGCCGCCUGAAGACCUGCAGGGCUUUUAUAAAGGAAACCAGCACAUGCUGAGCAGAUCAGGCUCGCAUUAUGGCCUGUCGGCAGGAGGGGUCAGGAGCGCAUGGGAUCAAGGGCAAGCUAGAGUAGCUACUCCCGGUCCUCCUCCUCCUCCUCCUCCUCCACCCCCUCCUCCUCCGCCCUCGGCUCAUGAGAUCAGCCGCCUGUACAGGGAUUCUCUAGCCAUCAAGAUGAUCCAAGACAGUCAGCGUAUUCGCAGUAGAGCCGCUUCACCUGCUUGCUUCGGCAUCGAGUCCAGCUUCCCCGGCCACUCCGUGUACAGUGACGUCAACGGUCUUUCUCUGGAGUCCUGUCAGCCGCCAUCCACCUGCAUAGUGGUGGACCCUACAGCUUCGGCCAUGGAUGGGUCUCUUCCUCGAGGGAACCCUGCUUAUGCGACUCAGAGGAUGUCCUAUGACCCUUCGUACGAUCCAGGCUCCGCGCCGGCUCCUCUCACCACCGGGAUGCCCGGACACCACUCUUCGGCGGGGGUCAAUGUCGACCCCAAGAGAUCAGUGGAUUCUAACUUCCUGGCUCUGCUGCGCUCCGAGGGUCUGUCGGAAAACACUAUAGCUGUUCUCCUACAGCAAGGGUUCGACUCUACCUCCAUGCUUGCCAUGAUGGAAGACAACGACGUCCGCUCAAUCGCUCCCAAUUUGGGGCAGGCACGUGUGCUGUCAAGAGUGGUUAUCAAUUGCAAGACGGGAGCACCCGGUGGUGCAGUGAUGCGAGGUCGCUCCAACAGCUUCAGCCACCGCAGUGAUCUCUACAUGCAGCCGCAAGCACUCGGGAUGGAGGGCAACCUCAUUCAACAGCCUCCCGGCGCCAUGCAAUCAAUCUCACCCAGAAUGGGAGAGUUUCUAGGUCGCCGGCCGAGCAGUGCUCCAUCUCAGCAUCUCCUUGAAACCUCAACAUACCCAGGGGUUCGCUCGAUCGGAGGUCUUCCGGUCAGUCCGGGGGGCUACGCCACUGCGCUACCUCAAACUCGACCUUUGUAUAACGCCCACACCGGCCUGGCCAUGUCAGCGCUGCCUGCUCAACAACAGCCUCCGAGCAUCCCAGGACUAGCUCCCAAGACCUUCUCCAGUACGUUCACCCCCAUGGAGCUGAUGAAGCGCCCUCCAAACCUUCCUCCGUUCUCUCCUACCCACAGCCCUCAUCACAGCCCUCAGUUACUCCGCAAGGGAGCAGCGCCUGUGGAGAGCGCCAUCCUUCCAGCAUCCUCAGCGCUCCAGUCUCAGACCCUUAAUCCUAACAACAAGCAAACCCGCCGAACCGGACCGCCGGUCAUCAUAUCCACCAUGCCUUCACCUGACACAAGCAUCAGGCCUCAGAUCGUGAACGGCCCGAUGCAUCCUCGUCCUCUGGUGGCUCUUCUGGACGGUCGGGACUGUACUGUGGAGAUGCCCAUCCUCAAAGAUCUGGCCACCGUGGCCUUCUGUGACGCCCAGUCCACACAGGAGAUCCACGAGAAGGUGUUAAACGAGGCGAUCGGAGCUCUGAUGUAUCACACCAUCACACUCACACGAGAAGAUCUGGAGAAGUUCAAAGCGCUCAGGAUCAUCAUCCGCAUCGGCAGCGGAUACGACAACAUCGACAUUAAAGCAGCCGGAGAGCUGGGGAUCGUGGUGUGCAACAUCCCGUCGGCGGCGGUGGAGGAGACGGCCGACUCGACGCUGUGUCACGUGUUGAAUCUGUACCGCAGGAACACGUGGCUGUACCAGGCGCUGCGGGAGGGCACGCGUGUUCAGAGCGUGGAGCAGAUCCGGGAAGUGGCUUCAGGAGCCGCACGCAUCCGCGGAGAAACACUGGGACUCAUCGGCUUCGGUCGUUCGGGGCAGGCCGUGGCCGUCAGGGCUAAGGUGUUUGGCUUCAGUGUGAUCUUCUACGACCCGUACCUGCAGGACGGUCUGGAGCGCUCGCUCGGUGUUCAGCGUGUUUACACUCUGCAGGAUCUGCUUUAUCAGAGCGACUGCGUCUCGCUGCACUGCAACCUGAACGAACACAACCAUCACCUCAUCAACGACUUCACCAUCAAACAGAUGCGUCAGGGGGCGUUCCUGGUGAACACGGCUCGAGGAGGUCUGGUGGAUGAGAGGGCUCUGGCUCAGGCGCUGAAGGAAGGCCGGAUCCGAGGAGCAGCUCUCGACGUCCACGAGACCGAACCCUUCAGUUUUGCGCAGGGUCCUCUGAAAGACGCUCCUAACCUGAUCUGUACGCCGCACACGGCCUGGUACAGCGAGCAGGCGUCUCUGGAGAUGAGAGAAGCGGCCGCUACAGAGAUCCGCAGAGCCAUCACAGGACGGAUUCCGGACAGUCUGAGGAACUGUGUGAAUAAGGAGUUCUUCAUCUCCUCGGGUUCCUGGGGACUGAUGGAGCAGCAGGUUCAUCCUGAGCUCAACGGCGCCACAUACAGGUUCCCAUCAGGUCCAGCAGGGGGCGUCCCGGUGGGUUUGGAGGGUCUGGUUCCAGGAACCCAUCCGUCCCAGACACCGUCCCCGAACCAGCCCUCGAAACACGGAGAGAGCAGAGAACAGCUGAGCGAGCAAUAACCCCUUCAUCAUCAUCAUCAUCAUCAUCACACGCCUCUAUACCUUCCUUUUACUCUUUUCCCUUUUCCCGUUUUGGAAGAAGUGGAUGUUUUAGGAACACAGCACAUGGAAUGGAGUUUGUUAGUUUGACGUGUUUCUUUUCACAAUCAUCUCUUACGUAUGAAUAAUUCAGUUUAGUUAAAUCAGCCAAUAGGACAGGAGUGACACCGGAAGCCACGCCCACUCAGCCAUCCACCACGAUGAUUGACAGCUCAGCGCUCUGCUCUGAUUGGCCAGGGCUCUCAGACUUCAGCCAAGGAGUGAAACACCAAACGAAAUCUUUCUCUCGUGUGUUUAGUUUGUGAUCUCUUCUAACGAACACUUCUGUUUCUGUCUCGUACCAGCAGCAGAUUCACUUCAUUUCACUAUAUGACUCAGGAAGAUCUCACCUUCACAGCUUAUGAACACAUAUUUCCUCGGGUUAGUGUUUUUCUACAGUGACAGGUUGAAGAAGCUGGGUAGGUUUGUGUGGUGUAGAUGGAUGUCCUGUACUCAUAGUCUCGUGUGUGCUUCGUUCUGCUGAAGGUGCGGAGGUUGUGUGUGUUUUAUUGUGAUUAUUUCUAUUGGUUUCUUGUAUACGGUGAACAUUUAGCAUCAGUGCAGAUCGAAUAAAUCAUGCAGGUUCAGACCCG